AUGGAGUUCCAUCAUCCAGUGCCCACCAAUACUCAAGAGGAAAACAGAAUCAUAGAAAAUCAGUUCACAGAGAGGGUUAUGAGUUUGGAAAAUCACAGCUCCGCAUGCGGCGGUCAACGGACGAGGGGGGAGGCGGGGCGAGAGGGCGACGAGCCCAGCUAUUGGCUGCGGCAGCUGCCCGUCACCGAGAAGCGCUACGGCCCCGACCGCAGACCACGACUAGCCGUUGGGCGCCGGAGCUACGACUUUUCUGGUUUUUUCUCAGCCAGGCUGGUCUGCGGUAGCGCAUUUGCGCGGGACUCAGGGACGCAGCGGCCGAGUCUCCGGACCGGGCGGUCCUGCGGAAUUCGGAGUCCACCGGCCGCCUCGGCGGCGCGCGGACUCCUUGUCCGCCGCGGCGGAGGGGUCGCGGGGUGCCUCGACCGAAUCUCUGGACACGAAACGUUCUUAAUCUACCGAGGCGACGGGCUCGAGCUGACUGGACCUCAGGUGGGACGGGCUCACUCUCCCGCCGCAGCUGACGACUCAGGCGCCGUGGGCUGUCGGGCCCGGCCCUGUCGUGGUGCCAGAGAACCGAAGGCCCUGCCAGUCGAGGGAGGGGAGCUGAGGUACCUGUCGCGGCCUGCAGCUUUUCCUCCAGGCCGGGCGGAGGCCACACGCACCUUGCCAGCGGGGCAGUUAACUUGGCUGAACACGAACUCUGAACUUUGUCUCUCCUGCAGUUGGCAGCAGGCAUUAGCUAAAGAAGAUAUUGAUGCAGCUAUUCAAUCAAUAUUAUACAGAGAAAAUUAUAUAAUUAAGGUUACCAUCCCACCAUUUCGUGACCCUUUGAAAAAGGCACAAUAUGACAAAGACGAUGGAAAAAGAAUUCUUCUUCAGUGUGAGACUGGCAGAAUAUUUACAAUGAAAGAAUUUAAAGAGGUUGAGAAGGCCAAACUGCAUUCCAGAUUUCCAGGAAUUUCUAAUUCAAGGCACUUUAUGACUCCAAAUGAGUGGCUUAAACUGCCUACAAACUACAUAGAGAGUGAAUUUUGUAAAAGGAGCAGGUUAAAAGUAAAAGUGAAUUUUAACGAAAGUAGUUUUGACUUGAAACCCUCUGCAAAAACUCCUCAUCUUCUGGAAUCCCAGGAAGAAGAAAAAGCAGUUGUUUACAAGCAUUGGCUAGAGAAGACAUUGAUGAAGCUGUAUACGUGAUAUUAUUUAGAGAAAAUUAUGUUGCAAAGAGAUUGGAUACGUAUUUUCAACAUCUGGAUGUUUUUAAGGAAAGAAGAAAAGAGUUGUUACAUAAAAAAUGGACUGAAAAUGUUGCAAAGCCUCUUCAGCAGAGAAUUAUGGAAAAAGUAAUUUCAUAUAAAGGG